GAACAGUUUGAAAUUUCUGUGAACAGAUUGAAAGUAUUAUCGUAUCAAUUAGAAUUUUAAAGUUAGAACGAUAUUCUGCUAUAUAGGAUUAUGUUUGUAGCAUUAGUAAUUUCACAGCUAUUCUGGAAUUUCGGAUCUUCUACCAACUAACUUUCCGUGUUUAAUUUAUGUCACCCUGAUGAAGAAUUGGCGUGGCUCAUAAUAUGGAUUAUACAGUAGCACCUUGUGUUUAUCCUACCUAAGAUCUCUUGUUUCAUGGGACUAUCAAUGAUUGACGUCACAAUAAGAAUUCGCACUUCUUCUAAUCGAAGUUACUUGGCCUAAUUAGUGGUGAUGGUUGUUUGCAAGGCAGCAUGGAAUGACGACGUUGAGCAUCUUCUCAAAGAGAUAGACAUCAAUCCAUAUAUGCUCCAUGCCAUGGCAUUAGAGGGUGGUGAAACUCCAUUACACAUCGCUUGUUUGGCUGGACAUCUCAACUUUGUUGUCACAGUCAUCAAACUACGGCAAGAAUUUUCCUGGGAGCUUAACCAAGACGGCUUUAGUCCUUUACACAUAGCAGCCGCUUCUGGACAUGUUGAAAUAGUGAAAGAGCUUCUCAAAGUUGACCUUGGUUUGUGUUUAAUCAAAGGAAAAGACCGAAGAAUUCCUCUUCAUUUGGCAGUGGUAAAAGGUAAAGUCAACGUUAUUAAAAAUUUGAUUUUGUCGAGUUUGGAGAGUGUGGAAUGCACGACUGCUCAAGGCGAGAAUGGCCUCCAUCUAGCGGUGACCAACAACCAGUUUGAAGCUUUUCAAGUCUUGGUACAGCAUCUGAAGCAUGUCAACAAGGAACAUCUCUUGAAUUCUAAGGAUUUUGACGAGAAUACGAUCUUGCACCUUGCUGUUGCAAGAAAACAGUAUGAAGUGGUUGACUUUCUACUCAACGGCCACGUUACUAGCAAGGAAAUGAUAGGCUUGAAUACCGUAAACAAGAGUGGCAUGACUCCCCUUGAUCUGUUACUGACGUUUCAAAGUGAAUCCAGUGAUGAUAGAAAAAUUGAGAAGAUUCUUACCGAAGCUGGAGCUUUAAAGGCUGAAAAUCUACAAUCUCCGGUUUAUAUAGAAGAAGAAAGGCCACAUCACCAUGAUACAAUACAUGAAAACCCCCUAACCCCAACUAGAAAACUGAUAGACUACUUCAAAUACAAUAACCUCAAUGACUCUCCAAGUAAAGUAAGAAAUAAUCUUCUCGUGAUAGUUAUACUUAUCACGGCUGCAACAUAUCAACCGUCACUUAGCCCACCCGGAGGUACUUGGCAGGAUGAUUCCACUACAAACAAUUCCACUAUCAACAACCCACGUAUAGCCGGAGAAGCUAUUAUGGGUACUAAUAACCCAAUAGCAUAUAGUAUAUUUGUGGUUGCCAAUUCCAUGGGGUUCUACAUGUCGCUUCACAUGAUCUCUGUACUCACCACAGCUUUUCCUUUACGGAUGGAAUUGAGAAUUUCAAUCAUUGCACUUGCUGUAACCUAUGGUGAUUGCAUGAUUGCGAUUGCACCAAGUAAUUUCACAAUGUUUGUUUUUAUUGGAAUUUCAACUGUUCUGCCGUUCUUGAUACCGUAUACUACUACACUGUUGAGAAAUUAUUUGAAGAAGCCGAGAUAUGCAUCACCUCAAACAAGUCAAGUCAGGGUUUGAUAUAAUACACACUCAGUAUUUUAGCAUGCUCUCCGAUGCUAGAAGAGUUGAUUUGAUGUCAGCAGUUGUUUCCUUAGUUUAAUUAUGGUUAUCCCUUUAUAAUGAUAUAUAUAUAUCCACCCCUAACAGAUGUCUUGUUUUUGACUUGUUGAAGUCUUCCUUUUUCAAAUUUGACCUUCAAUAGUUUUGUUUGUGUUAUAUAAGACUGGAUGGAAACUAUAACAGUGAAAAUACAUAGAAUACUCAAUCCAUUCGUAUAAAUUUCAUCUAGUAUUAUGUAGCACAAACAAAAAUAUCUAAUGUCAAAAGUAGAAAAGAAAGACUUCAAAAAGUCAAAAUCUGUUUUGCUACACGUACUGUACAUCUUGUUUCUUUUAAAGUUUGCUUUAUGAUUGUGAGAUUUGUGUCUAAAAAGGAGAUUGAAACCGAUACAU